ACGCGAUCGAAAGACAAAGAUAUCCGAAUGUUGAUACGAUAAUGCGACACUACCUGUUAACUGGAACUACUGAACUAACCCACUUAAAAACAUUCAACGUUUAUCGACAACAGCUGAUUGUGGUUUAUUUUUCGUUAUGUUAUGUUUUUCGACGAUUUAAAUCCAUUUCCAUAGUAGAUCAAACUAAAAAAUGUUCUUCAAAGUGUUUAUAAAGAACUGUACGCUUCUGUACUACCAGAGGCAAACGAAAAUCGGUAAAUUGAGGAGAUAUGGUCCACUAUUCACGGGCGCCUUGGCAUUCUUCUCCAAAUCCUCCAUAGACACUAACGAAUUCAUGGCCUUACCAAUUACACCUCUAGACAAGCUCUCUUCAAACCCAGACGACAUGAAAACCAAAAUGGAACUGAUGAUAAUGAAAGUACAGAAAGACUUUUGCAAAGCCCUCGAAAUCGAAGAAGACUGCAAUAAAUUCAUCGUCGACCGUUGGGAAAGGAAAGAAGGGGGUGGAGGUAUUACAUGCGUGUUGCAAGAUGGAAAAGUAUUCGAAAAGGCGGGAGUGAAUAUUUCCGUUGUUGCUGGUCAGUUGCCGCCAGGUGCCGUUGCUCAAAUGCGUUCUAGGGGUAAAAAACUAGAAAGCGGCGAACUACCAUUCUUCGCUGCCGGUAUAAGCGCUGUAAUCCACCCCGUCAACCCGAUGGUACCGACGAUUCACUUCAAUUACAGGUACUUCGAAGUCAAAAGCGGCGACGAAGUCCAAUGGUGGUUCGGCGGCGGUACCGAUUUGACUCCGUACUAUCUAAACAGCGCCGACGCCAUCCAUUUCCAUCAAACGCUUAAAGACGCCUGCGAUAAGCACGACCCAACUUAUUACCCGAGGUUUAAGAAAUGGUGCGACGAUUAUUUCCAUAUACCGCAUAGAGGGGAAAGGCGGGGGGUAGGAGGGAUUUUUUUCGAUGAUUUGGAUUCGCCUAGUCAAGAUAAAUGUUUCGAGUUUGUUACGGAUUGUGCUAAUGCUGUCAUACCGUCAUACAUUCCUUUAGUUCAAAGACACAAAAUUGCCCCGUACUCGAACGUAGAAAGAGAAUGGCAAUUAUUAAGAAGAGGUAGAUACGUUGAAUUCAAUUUGAUUUACGAUAGAGGCACGAAGUUUGGAUUGUACACGCCCGGUGCUAGAUAUGAAAGUAUUUUGAUGUCUUUACCACUAAACGCUAGAUGGGAAUAUAUGAACGUGCCUGAAGAUGAUACGCCCGAAGGUAAACUAUUAGAAGUAUUAAGGAAUCCUAAAGACUGGGUAGAUUGUACUUGCAAAGUCGAAAAGCAACAAGAAAAAAGUAGUUAAAGACACUUACCAUGACUUAUAAAUCAUAAUAAACACAAAACCCGUUUUAUAAAACUAUUUUUAAGUGUUAAGAAUU